AUGACAACUCGAUAUAUGGAACGGUUGGCCAAAAUUGAGGAGGUCCUUCUCAUAGCCAACAAGAAGAUAGAUAUCAAUGAUUUGAGAGCCGGCUGUAGUUACGGUGUCCCGGAAUCACUUCGCCCAUUGGCCUGGCGUCUUCUUCUCCAAUAUCUUCCAUUGGAACGACACAAGUGGCAAUCUUUUCUUGCUAAUCAGAGAAUGAAUUAUGAUCAGAUGAUAGAGCAGGUCAUUGUGGAGCCAGGAACCGCCUCAAUGGAACAGAGCAAAAGUCACGAUAAUGAUCAUCCUCUCUCGGACAACCCAACCAGCGAUUGGUCAGCAUUCUUCCAAGACAACAAAGUGCUCUCACAGAUUGACAAAGACGUCCGCAGACUGUACCCCGAGAUACAGUUCUUCCAGUUGCUUUCCAAAUUCCCGCAUCCACAUGGCAUGAAGUAUCCAUUGUCCCGCCGCGUCAUCAACCAUCAGGAAUUGGACACCCAAGAGUUUGGAACCAAUCGCGACGGAAUUGUUGGAUGUGUCAAGACGAAUCUUGCAAAAAGCAAUCAGGACGAGAAUCAAGCGCCCGACUCGGAGUUUCAUUGGCAUAUUGUGGAACGCAUCCUCUUCAUCUAUGCAAAACUCAAUCCCGGAGUACAGUAUGUUCAAGGAAUGAACGAGUUGGUUGCCCCAAUCUAUUACGUCUUUGCCAAUGACGCUGAUGAAGAGUGGGCCGCAUAUGCCGAGGCGGACACCUUCUUCUGUUUCCAGCAAUUGAUGAGUGAGGUCAAAGACAACUUCAUCAAGACUCUCGACGACAGCAUUUGUGGAAUUGAAUCCUCGAUGUCAGCGUUCCACAACAUGAUUUCCACGUUUGACCCUGAGCUUCACAAGCAUCUCACCUUAACACUGGAGAUCAAACCACAGUUCUACGCCUUCCGUUGGCUCUCAUUAUUGCUGAGUCAGGAGUUCCCUCUACCCGACGUCAUCACACUGUGGGAUGCAUUGUUCUCGGAUCCCCAAAGAUUUGCUCUUCUUCCAUACGUGUGCCUAGCGAUGAUGGAGCUGCAGAGAGAACCCCUACUCAAAGGAGAUUUCCCAUUCUGUGUCCGGCUUCUUCAGAACUACCCGGACUCGGACGUCGCCAGAAUCGUCGCCUUCGCUCAAGAAAUUCGGGAUGGUAAAGCACCAAAACCAACCGUUAAGGAGGUCUCCAAAGGAAGCAAGAUAGCUAGACAUGCUCGCCAACUCUCCGACACUCUUCGUAACCUGUCGAUCAUCAAAAAGUAG